GACCAGAAUUGAAACAAUGGUCGACCUCACGCAGCUAAUGGAGAAUGAAGUAUUCAUGGCCUUUGCCUCCUACACAACGAUUGUUCUUUCAAAAAUGAUGUUUAUGAGUACUGCAACUGCAUUCUAUAGAUUGACAAGAAAGGUUUUUGCCAACCCAGAAGACUGCGCAGGCUUUGGCAAAGGAGAGAAUGCCAAGAAGUAUCUUCGGACAGAUGACAGAGUGGAACGUGUACGAAGAGCCCACUUGAAUGACCUCGAAAAUAUUGUGCCAUUUCUUGGUAUCGGCCUUCUGUAUUCCUUGAGUGGUCCAGAUCUCUCUACUGCCAUCCUGCACUUCAGGCUCUUUGUUGGAGCACGAGUCUACCACACAAUUGCAUAUUUGAUACCCCUUCCCCAGCCAAAUCGCGCUUUGGCUUUUUUCCUUGGAUAUGGAGUUACACUGUCAAUGGCUUACAGAUUGCUGAGAAGUAGGUUGUACCUGUAAAGAGAAUCAUACAACUCAUCAUUCAGUGAUUUUCUAACAAUUCUGUAUUUCCAAUUUAUAACAAAUACUUUUUAGGAUUUUAAGUGGGAAGGGAGCAGAGAAAUUAAGAUAGGGAAAACCUAGUCUGAAUAUUAAAGUCACCAAUAUCCUUUAUUCUUUUUUAAUAUUUGCACUAGAAAUUUAACAUAAUUUUUAGCUCUUUCGUCUUAUUCUUAAAGUGCUUUGUUUUAAAUUUUGAUUGUAAUUUGUAACAUUAUUCAACAUUUCAUAUUUUAAAUCUUUAGAAAGAGUAAGUACAUGUAUGUUAAACUUGUAUUUCAGUAUUGCUGAAAUCGGCACAUGAAAUAAAGAAUUU